CACACCACUGAAAGUAUGCAGCUCUUCUCUGUUAGUGAAGACAAACGGAAUGUGAACACAGCCGUCUAACUUCACUAAACUAAAAAAAUAAUAAUAACACUAACAGCCACACAUUUGGAUUUAAUCUGAAAUUCUGCAGUGCUGAUAGACUUAUUCAACAAUACCUACAUGUUUGAAGAUAUCGCCAUGCGUUAUUACACAGAGCCAACAUCUGAUGUCUCCUCUCCAGAAGACUACCCAAACUACGGCUGGCCGUAUGAACCUAACAAUUCCAGUAACUUUAGCUUUGCUGCACUUCCUGUGCACAGCGAGACUGACCAGGGUGUGACCAUCACCGAUACUUCAAAAAUGGUUCUAAACAGCAGCCUCACCACAGUCUUCCUCCCUGUUGUUUACAUCAUCGUCUUUGUUGUGGGGUUGCCCAGCAACGCCAUGGCCAUCUGGGUGUUCCUCUUCAGAACAAAGAAGAAGUAUCCAGCGUCCAUCCUAAUGGCCAAUCUAGCGCUGGCUGACCUGCUCUUCAUCGUGUGGCUCCCACUGAAGAUCGCCUACCACUUCAACGGCAAUGACUGGAUCUAUGGGGAGCCACUGUGUAAAGUCCUAGUGGGGUUUUUCUAUGGGAAUAUGUACUGCUCCACUAUCUUCAUAGCAUGCAUCAGUGUCCAGCGCUACUGGACAGUAGUGCACCCACUUUCUCGGAAACCAAACAGGCGUGUAACAGUGUGUGUAUGUGUUGGUGUGUGGAUUGUAGUCUGGGUCCUCACUGUACCGCUCUACCUGUAUGACCAGACCGUUAAAAUCCUCAAUCUCAACACAACCACCUGCCACGAUGUCACUCGCUUAAAUCAAACACACAUCCCUGUUGGGUAUUUCCUGACCAUGGGCACUGUGGGAUAUAUAGUUCCCUGUGUGGUCUGUAUUGUGUCAUACCUGCUGACCUUUCGCUCCCUCAGCAGGUCCAUAACGGAUACCGGUGGUAAUAAGAGGAAAAGGAAGGCUAUAAUCCUCAUGAUUACUGUGCUGGUGAUGUUCCUGGUCUGCUUCACUCCCAGUAACAUCAUGCUGAUGGUGCAUUACUCUCUGCUGAGGGCAGGGCUUCAGAAUGAUGUCUAUGGCUUCUACAUCCUUGCUCUGUGUCUGGGCAGCCUGAACAGCUGCCUGGACCCGUUUGUGUAUUAUUAUAUCUCAGAGGAGUUCAGAGAUCAUGUGAGGAACACGCUGAUGUGCCGUAGCGAACGAACAUCCAAACAGAUGAAGAUUUCCUUCAGACCUAUCAGUGCCUCCACAGACACCCCAACACAUUCAACUCACACGUCUUCACUGGAUCAACAGUGUGAGAGUUCUCAGAAUACGACAUCUGAUUAGGGGUAUAAAUGGACAGCCAAACAAGCGAUGUCUAAAUGAUUACCUACUGAGUUAUGGUAAAGGAAGUAAUAUCUUUCUUGAUUUACACAGCAUGUGAUACUAAUUUCCUACAGUUUUGGGCUAAAACGUUGGGCUAAAAUGCAUGAUGCCUGUUCAGAUUGACUACAUUCCCCAUCAUUCCCCAGCAUCUUUCAACUGAAUGCUUUCUGUUUGCAAUAAGUCAGGCUAUACACCAAGUGUUAUCUAGAUGUAGGUCAUGAAUUAAUGAUUCAAAAACAAAAUCACACUAUUAGUUGUUUUAUCUUAUAACUAUUCCACUUGCAUCUGUGUGAAAUGAAUAAAAUAGAAGCACAUCUAGAAAAGCAUCUAGAACUGAAAGGAGAGCUAGAACAAGAAGAGAGAGUGGGUAUUUUAUGAAACGUUCUGAAAACACCUACGGCGACCGUUUAAACCUGGUCGUUUUAUGCUUAUCUGGAUUGUAGCCUGAUAGAAACUUAACCACGCGUUUACACUUGUCAAUAAAUUUGGUUUCAGCUAAUCAGAAACCAGAGUCAUGUGCAAAUUAGUUAAUAUACCACAACCCAUCGC